AUGGCAUCGGUGCAUGCAUCCCCCGCUGUUCAGCAUCCUGGCGCGCCAAUGCCUGCUGGCGCGACUAAGCAGCAGGCGGAAGAAGUUUUUAGGAAAUUGAAGGCUAUGAAGGAGCAAGGAAUGUCCCCGACCGAUCCUGAAUACAUCAAGGCCUCUCAGUUUUUGAUGAACUUCCAACAACAGCAUAAUAUGCGACGUACUCAGCAGCAGUUUAUGCAGCAGCAACAAAAACAGCAGAUGCAGAAUGCGACAAACGGCGCGUCUGCUAAUGGGAUGAUGGCUGGUCGACCUCUUCCGCAAGGCUCACCACAGACAAGUCAACCUGCCCCGAACACGCUCAACGCAUCCGCAAUGCCGAACCAAACCUCCUCCACUCCUGCUUCUGCUGGCACGUCUCCAUCGACCGGCUCGUCUUCGAAUCAUUUCACCCAACAACAACUGGGCCUCUUGAGGCAGCAGAUCCAUGCCUUUAAGCUGCUUGGAAAGAAUGCCGGCGUAUCAUUACAAUUGCAGCAGGCGAUCUUCAACCAGCGCCAGCGUAGGCAAGCAGCCAUUGCUGAAUCCGCACAAGCAGCACCAACUUCAAAACAUGGCCAGGCCGAUUCCGAAACUAAUAAGGACCACCAAAAUGGGCCCGAGGCUGCAACGGAAGAUGAGAGCUCAGAAAUCCCCAAGGCGCAUACAUUCAAGACGGUCAAGUCCCCAUAUGGCACAAGUAUGAUCCGGCCUGAAAUCAAGUAUUUUGAUCACUCGCAGCGAAAGAACCGUUGGUUCAUUCCUGGUGUGUUCCCUACAGGCAUUGACUUCGACCACUUGCGAUAUGAGCGAGAAGUCGUUGUCUCGAACCGAAUGAGGCAGCGCUAUGCUGAGUUGAAGAACCUUCCCGGUGAUUUGGCCCACUGGGAUUCCUCGAAGGACGGUCAAGAGGCCGACGACUCUCUCAAGCGCAAAGCAAUCAUCGAGAUGAAGAGCAUUGCUUUGUAUGCCAAGCAGCGAGCGCUUCGUGACAAGAUCGGAAGGCAAAUGAUGCAUUACGAUAAUCUCGCAAUGACGACCAACCGAUCUAGCUAUCGCCGCAUGAAGAAGCAGAAUGUCCGUGAAGCUCGCAUCACGGAGAAGCUUGAGAAGCAGCAACGUGAUGCCCGUGAGAACCGCGAGAAGAAGAAACACACCGACUUCCUUCGUGCCAUCUACAACCACCGUCAAGAGAUUCAGGAGUCGGCUUCUUCUCAACGUACCAAGUCGCAUAAGCUCUCUCGUCUCAUGUACCAGCAACACUUCAAUAUUGAGAAGGAGGAGCAGAAGCGCAUUGAGCGAACAGCCAAGCAACGUCUGCAAGCUCUUAAGGCCAACGAUGAAGAAGCAUACCUCAAGCUUCUUGACCAGGCCAAAGAUACCCGUAUCACACACUUGCUCAAGCAGACUGAUGGUUUCUUGCAUCAGCUCGCCUCAUCCGUCAAGGCACAGCAGCGCCAGGCCGCUGAACGAUAUGGCGACGGAGAUGAGCUUCCCAUGGAAGACAACAGCGACUAUGACGAGGACGAUGAGAGCAACAAGAAGAUUGACUACUAUGCUGUGGCCCAUCGCAUUCGCGAAGAGGUUACUGGACAAGCCGAUAUCCUUGUGGGCGGCAAGCUCAAGGAGUAUCAGGUCAAGGGUCUGCAAUGGAUGAUUUCGUUGUACAACAACAACCUCAACGGUAUUUUGGCAGAUGAAAUGGGUCUUGGAAAGACCAUUCAAACCAUCAGUUUGAUCACCUACCUGAUCGAACGAAAACAGCAGCCCGGACCCUACCUUGUCAUUGUGCCUCUCAGUACAUUGACUAACUGGAACCUGGAAUUUGAGCGAUGGGCCCCUUCUGUAAGCCGUAUCGUUUACAAGGGACCUCCCAAUGCUCGUAAGGUGCAUCAGGAUAGGAUCCGACAAGGCGGGUUCCAGGUCUUGCUCACAACCUACGAAUACAUCAUCAAAGACCGUCCUAUUCUCAGCAAGAUCAAGUGGUUCCACAUGAUUAUCGACGAGGGUCACCGAAUGAAGAACUCCAACUCCAAGCUGAGCUACACCAUUCAGCAGUACUACCAUACUCGUUUCCGGCUUAUUCUCACUGGUACACCACUGCAAAACAAUCUGUCGGAACUGUGGGCCAUGCUCAACUUUGUUUUGCCAAACAUCUUUAAAUCUGCAACGACUUUCGAUGAAUGGUUCAACACUCCUUUUGCCAACACAGGUGGACAGGACAAGAUGGAGCUUACAGAAGAAGAACAAAUCCUUGUUAUCAGGCGUCUCCACAAGGUUCUGCGACCAUUCCUUCUGCGUCGUCUGAAGAAGGAUGUCGAGAAGGAUCUUCCCGACAAGACAGAAAAGGUCAUCAAGUGCAAGUUCUCUGCGCUCCAAUCUAAACUUUACAAACAGAUGGUUACCCACAACAAGCUUGUCGUUAGUGAUGGCAAGGGUGGUAAGACAGGUGCUCGUGGACUCAGCAACAUGAUUAUGCAGCUGCGAAAGCUUUGCAACCAUCCAUUCGUGUUCGACGUUGUGGAAAAUGUCAUGAAUCCUCUUAACAUCAGCAAUGAUCUGUUGUGGCGAACAGCCGGCAAGUUUGAGUUGCUUGACAGAAUCUUGCCCAAGUACCAAGCAACUGGUCAUCGAGUCCUCAUGUUCUUCCAGAUGACAGCUAUCAUGGAUAUCAUGGAAGACUACCUUCGGUAUAGGCGAGUGGAAUAUCUUCGAUUGGAUGGUACGACCAAAUCCGACGAGCGUUCCGACUUGCUUAGGGAAUUCAAUGCCCCAGACUCCAAGUACUUCAUGUUCUUGCUUUCGACCCGUGCUGGUGGAUUGGGUCUCAACUUGCAAACCGCCGAUACGGUCAUCAUCUACGACUCUGACUGGAAUCCCCAUCAAGAUUUGCAGGCUCAGGAUCGUGCCCAUCGUAUUGGUCAAAAGAACGAAGUCCGAAUUCUGCGACUCAUCAGUUCCAACUCGGUUGAAGAAAAGAUUCUCGAGCGAGCACGAUUCAAGUUGGACAUGGAUGGAAAGGUCAUUCAGGCCGGUCGUUUCGAUAACAAAUCAUCAGAAACCGACCGUGAUGCCAUGCUUCGAACGCUGCUGGAGACUGCCGACAUGGCCGAAUCCGGUGAACAGGAUGAGAUGGAGGACGACGAGCUCAACAUGCUGCUCGCACGUAGCGACGACGAGAUAACCGUUUUCCAAAAACUGGACGAAGAGAGGAUGAAGACUUCUCCCUACGGCACCGGACCAGGCACCAAGCCUCGACUUAUGGGUGAGGAUGAAUUGCCUGAUAUUUAUUUGAACGAGGGCAACCCUAUCUCAGACGAGACUGAGGAUGUGGUACUGGGCCGUGGUGCUCGUGAACGUACCAAGGUCAAGUAUGACGAUGGUCUGACCGAAGAGCAAUGGCUCAUGGCAGUGGAUGACGACGAUGAUUCUCCUGAAGCGGCUGCUGCUCGUAAACAGGCUCGUAGGGACAGACGGGACAACAAAAGCUUGAAGAAAUCCGCGAUUUUGAACUCGAUGGAUGAAUCACCUUCAGGCAGUAGAGCAAGCACUGAGGAAAUCGAGACCCCCAAGAAGCGAGGGCGCAAACCAGGCAGCAAGAAUGAGAAACGCAAGGCCGAAGAGGGCAAUGAUGAGCCGCCUCCCAAGAAGCGACGUGGACCUCAAGGACGACCUAGUAAGGUUAGCCUAGAGUCACGAUUGCCGCCCCAUCAACGAGAAGUGCUACAGAAGAGCCUCCGUAAUCUUUACGAUGGUCUCAUGGACUUGGAGGUGGACGAUAUCGAGCCUCCUGAGGAUGAUGACUCGGAUCCCGGCAAGCGCCUUAUCAUUGGACCCUUUAUCAAACUGCCACCCAAGCGCGAUUACGCCGACUACUACCUCAUCAUCCAGAAUCCCAUCUGCAUGAACCAGAUUCAGACACGGAUUAAGAAGGAGGAGUACACUUCGUUGAGCGCAAUGCGAAAAGACAUCGAGCUGAUGAUCCGCAACUGCCAAACGUACAAUGAGGACGGAAGCAUUCUGUAUCAGGAUGCUAAGAUCAUGAACGAAUUCUUCAACUCCAAGUACCAAGAAGAACUGGCGGCUCAUCCUGAACUUCAGGAACUUGAAGAAGGGGCCAAGGACGGUUCAGUGGCGCCCUCUGGCAGUGGCGGCACACCUCAACCUGGCGGCACUCGCAUCAAGUUGAUUUCGAGUAGCGCAAAAGAAGCAAACGGCGGCAGCACUGCCGCACAAAGCGACGAGGAAUGA